AAUGGGGAUGACCUCUUCUCUCCUCUGUGAGACUGUAUCACAGAUACGUCCCAGCUCUGCUUUGACACUGGCCUUCUAAUAGGUCUCUAUACAUUUUAGUGCUGGCUCAGCCUAUUCAUAACUGGGUUUGGUGGGGGAUAGAAUUUGGGGAUAAGAGUGGGGUUUGGCUGCAUCAACUUGCAUCUCCAGUCAUGAAUAGCAGAGAAGAGGCGGGGCUCAUGUGUAAUGUAGCAUCAGGGGCAGGGGUUGCUUAUGUAACUAGGACAGCAGAUUUAGCAGGGAGGAGAGGAGGCAGAGGCUUUGGAUGGGAACAGUGAGCUGUCGGCAGGGGCAACAUGCCCCGGUGGCUACUUCUCAUAAGCAGGGUGACAGCAUCCGGGGUCCCUGGGUCCGAGGCUGGAAGAGCCUCUGGUCAGGUGUGGGGACUACCAGGUCAGGUGUGGAAGAGCUGUGGGGACUACGGGGGCAUCAAUACCUACACCAGGAGUCCUUGGAACCGGCCCGGUUGCUAACAGAGAAGCCUCUGUCUGAGUGGCCAGUACCUCAGUUCGUCAACCUUUUCCUGCCGGAAUUUCCCAUUAGGCCCCUCAGGGGGCAUCACCAGCUGAAGAUUUUAGGCCUUGUGGCUAAAGGCUCCUUUGGAACAGUCCUCAAGGUGCUAGACUGUGGCCAGAAAGCAGUAUUUGCAGUGAAGGUGGUGCCCAAGGUAAAGGUCCUACAGAGGGACAUCCUGAGGCAGUGCAAAGAGGAGGUUAGUAUACAGCGACAGAUCAACCAUCCUUUUGUACACUGUUUGGGGGACAGCUGGCAGGGAAAACGGCACCUCUUCAUUAUGUGCAGCUACUGCAGUACAGAUCUGUACUCCCUGUGGUCUUCUGUUGGCUGCUUUGCUGAGGCUUCCAUCCGCCUCUUUGCUGCUGAACUGGUUCUGGUGCUGUGCUAUCUCCAUGAUUUGGGCAUCAUCCAUCGGGAUGUGAAGAUGGAGAAUAUCCUUCUGGAUGAACGAGGCCAUCUGAAACUGACAGACUUUGGUCUGUCCCGCCGCCUGCCCCAGGGAACCCGAGCCUAUACUAUCUGUGGUACUCUUCAGUACAUGGCCCCAGAGGUCCUGAUUGGAGGGCCUUACAACCACGCUGCUGAUUGGUGGUCCCUGGGUGUCUUGCUUUUCUCUCUGGCAACUGGGAAGUUCCCAGUGGCUGCAGAGAGAGAUCAUGUGGCCAUGCUGGCAAGUGUGACCCACUAUGGUUCUGAGAUCCCAGCUUCUCUUAACCAGGGGCUCUCACUCCUGCUCCAUGAGCUCUUAUGCCAGAAUCCCCUCCAGCGUCUGCGUUACUUGCAUCACUUCCAGGUCCACCCUUUCUUUCGGGGUGUGGCCUUUGACCCAGAGCUCCUACAGAAGCAGCCAGUGAACUUUGUCACGAAGGCGCAAGCUACUCAGCCCAGUCCAUCGGAGUCCAUGAUUUUCAAGGAUUUUGACUGUAACCUGGAGUCCUACCUGGUCCAUCCCAGCCUUGUUUGAGCCCCUCUACUAUAGAUUUGAGCCUAUCUGGGAACCUGAGGAUUUCUUCCACUGCCAUAUCAUUAUGACCACUUUGAUGAUCUGGUUUGUUUUCAAUCUGUGGCCUCUUACCAUUCUGUUAUACUUGUUGGACCAGAGUUCAAAUUUUGAGCAUGCUGCUAUUGGCAGCCACAAUUCCUGACCCCUCCCACCCUCUAAUACAACCCACCUCUCAAUUCAACAUCUUGUAUCAGAGUGUUGACCUUUUCCUUUGCUUCAUUUCUUCAAUGCUCAUACCCUGAAGCUUUCAGCCAGAGGCUUAUUCUACUGUUCCUGUUCCUUCCCUCUGCCAUAUUUCCUUUCAUUAUUUAUUAGAGAGGGGAGGGGCACAAGGAGACAGAAUCUUUUUUUUUUUUUUUAAG